AUGGAUAUGCCUUAUUUAAUUGCGAUAAGAAUUCACUUUGGUGGAAAGUUUGAGGGGGAAAGAAGAUACAUAGGAGGUGAAGUUGAUGUUCUAGAGGAAUGUGAUUGGUAUUCUUGGCAAUUUUCUGAAUUAUUUAAUUCAUAUAUUGAUCGUGGGUGUAGUGAUGUUCAAAAAUUUGCUUUUAGAGUAAAGAACACUGAUGAAUUGAUGUUCUUUAAAGACGAUACUGAAUUUCGAACGAGAAUAUAUAAUUGUGUGGAUGUGGAAAAUGAGAAGUUGGAUGUUUAUGUUGGGGAUGUUGAACUUGAGAAUGAGGAUGAAGGUUAUGUUGGGCUGACAGAGGGUUUGGAAACUUAUGUAGAGGAUGAUUUGGAAGCUGAUGAUCAGGAUUAUGUACUAUCAUCAGAUGAGACAGAUGAGGUAGAUGCAACAGAUGAUGCAGAUGAGACAAAUGAGAUGUCUGAUGACUCAUUACUUGAAAAUGAUGACGUUGAAGCGGUUGGGAAGAUGGACAACCAGCUGCAAUAUGAUAAGGAUUGUGACCAUAAGCGUCUGAAACUACAACUUGGAAUGCAGUUUAAAGAUGUGGAAGAAUGUAAAUCUGCAGUUAAGUUGUGGGCAAUUAUGAAUGGUUACAAUAUCAGAUGGGUGAAAUCUGAAUUUGAUAGAGUAAAAGCUAUUUGUGAAAAAGAAUGUCCUUGGAAGUUGUACGCUAGCACUUUAACACGUGAACCAACAUGUGUUAUCAAGACAUAUGUUGGUGAACAUGAUUGUGUAAGGCCUCUUCACAAUAGACAGGCUACUUCAGGAUGGAUUGCAGAACAAAUGUUUGAGCAUAUAAAGAGUAAUCCUUUGAUGAGAGCGCAAGAAAUACAACUGCUGCUUCGGAAGAAAUACAAUACUCGAGUGGAACUUUUGCAAUGCUAUAGGGCCAAGGACACAGCUUUGAAAAAGUUACGAGGAACCCUUGAAGAACAUUAUGCUAAGCUCAGAUCCUAUAUUUCAGAAUUGCAAAAAAGAGACACAGAUGGCAAUUUCUGUGUCAAAACAUAUUUGGAUAACGCCGAAAAGCCAGUAUUUCAGCGAGUAUACAUAGGUUUCUCUGCACUUCGUAAAGGAUUUUUCAUUGGAUGCAGAAAGUUUCUAUCAUUCGAUGCUUGUUUUCUUAAAACUACAGUUGGAGGGGCCUUACUUGCUGCAGUAUCAAAGGAUUGCUGCAGUUUCACAUCAUAA